CUGCAUGUGCCACGUCAUCAACUUGGUGGCCAAAGACUUUUUGGACGGCAUGGGCCAGCUCACCGACGAAGACAUCGCCACAUUUGAAACUUCAGGAAUGGCCAAAACCCUUGCAUCAUUUGAGCCAGAUGAACUCCCUUGCACAGGUGAUUACAGUGUACCGGUCCCUGAUUCAUUGCCUCAACAUACUCCUCAACAAUGCAAUUCAACAUCUCAGGCCUCACUUGAAGUCCACAGGCCGACUCAAACUCAAGACGACAACGUGGACUUGUCUCAAAUCACUUAUGAAGACAUUCUUGGCCCAGAUGAAACUCAACUCGCCAACAGCAAGACGACCGCUCUUACCGCACGCAAGAAGAAGUCAACAAUUGUGACUCGUAUCCGCGCAUUGGACACCCACAUCCGAAAAAGCCCUCAAGAACUCGAGGCGAGCUUCCAUUAAUCAAGGAAAAUAAAUCCAUUUGAUUAUUUUUCAAUCAUGCUGACUUAUUUUUUGAAUUGCAUUUUGGUUGCACCAGGUGCAACGAACUCUC